GUGGAAGUCCAAGGAUGAAAUAUAGGCCAAAACACCAGAAAAACGAUAGGAAGAAAUGGCAAAAGAAGUAGAGGCGCUGAAGGCAGCCAUGGAGAAGUUACAAAACAGCAAUCAGAGAAAAAAAGAGCCGCCUGUUAAGGCUAGUCCGCGACCAGAAGGUCGAGAAAAAGGAGACCCUAGUCCAAGAAGAACAUGGAAUUAUAAGGCUUGCAUGUAUUGUGGCGAUGAGGACCACAGGAAGAGGGACUGUCAGGCCAUGUUAGAUGCCUUAAAGGAAGGGAUCAUCGAACUAGAUGAUAAAAAGUAUGUGAUAUGGGCAGAUGAAGGGAAGCCUGUGCCCUUCUUGCCUUCAAUGAAGAUUAACGUUGAUAUCCGAAAAAGGAGAAUGAAUGAGGCGAAGGCUAAACAGGCGGAGGUUCCCUUGGCAAUGAAGGUCUCUAGAGUGACCUUCGAAGAAGAGGUUGAUAACGCACCUGAGAGCCCGAGAAUAGGGAUCUCCUCUAUUAAGUUUGAGGAAUCAAUGAGCGAUAGCGAGGCUUUCGUUUGUACCCAAGGAGUUGGAGAAUCAAGUCACGGGAAGAAAGAGGAUCCGGAUCAACGAAUGAGAGAUGAACAGGUGAAGUCGCCCAAGUCGCCACUGAUGAUGAAGAAAGCAAAGGUGCCACUAUUAGAGGCAACGGCCACCGGAGACCCUAGAGUGGAGGCGAAGACUUCUAUAUUAACAAUUGAAAAAGGAGGAAAGAAAGAUGCAGAGACCGUUGAGGAAGAGGGCAGUUACUUCUACAUCCUUGGUAGUGGAAAACUAAACGCCACUGUGAAUGGAGUUAGAACAGAGGUUAUUAUGGAUGAUGGGUCGGAAUCUACCGUCUGCGAGGACAAGGUAGCGCGGAAGCUUGGGCUAGAAAUGGAUAGGAGCGUCGCCAUGACUAUGGUAUCAGCUAACCAGUUCAGGCAGCCGACGCUUGGGGUAUGUCAUAAGGUCAGUGUUGUGGUGGCUGGAGUUGAGGCUACCGUGCCAGUUUUCAUGGUGGAGCAUAGUUCAUCAGAGUUAAUCCUUGGGAGGACUUAGCACACAUGUCAACAUCACCACCGACGAAAGUCAAACAUUCACCAUAGAUGGACCUGAGGGUGGUAGGGUUACGCUAAAGACCGUGAAUGAGUUGGACAAACAUCACAAAGUUUCCCUGCAGAGUAAAGGUCAGCUAAUGAC